UAAAAUUGUAUACAUUUUUUAUUUUAAGUUGGAAAUGCACCACAUAGUGUAAUGUUAACUGAUCUAAUUAAUAUCCUCAUAUUUCAGGUGGAUUAACCGCUUUGCGAAUGUUCAUGAAGUCUGAACACAGCGAGGAGAAUAUCGAGUUCUGGAUGGCCUGUGAAGAGUUCAAAAAGAUCAGGUCCAGAUCAAAACUCGAAUCCAGGGCAAAGACCAUAUACGAUAAAUUCAUCAGGCCAGAUUCUCCAAAGGAGAUCAACCUGGACUUCUACACAAGGGAGUCCCUCCAACAAAGCCUUCUGAUCCCAACGCAGUCCAGUUUCAAAGCAGCCCAAAACAGAGCUUACUUCCUGAUGGAGCACAACUCGUACCCUCGGUUCCUGGACUCUGAACUCUAUCACCGGCUCUGCAGAUUUGCUGCAGGAGAGCGAUAAUGAUUUCAGUCGCUGUAUUUCAACAAAUGGCCGGUCCGUUUUAGAAUGCUGUGCAUCUAGUGUUUCAUGUUCUAUGUAGUGAUUGUGCUACUAUGAUUUCAGUGUAUUUAAAUAUUGCAUAUUUUGCACAGAUUUGUAAAUAGUUAAGGUGUCAUGAUGAAUGUCUGGUAUUGGUAUUGAGUGUUCACAUAUAUAGUAGUAUCUAUGUUUUGGUGUUUACUUGUAG